GUAGAUCUUCGCGCGUGCUAGUUAUUUGUGCGCUCGUCGUAGAUAAGUUUUUCCUAAUUAUAAUCAACGAAAACUAACGUUUCAAUACAGUUUAACUAAAGUUUAACAUCAAUAGAGUCUAUUGUAAUAUUAAUUUUGUAGUGCGGGCUGCAUAGAAAGUGACGCAACGCUUAAAGAAAUCACGCGUCAACAUCAAGACUUGUUUCACUGAGAGAUGAGGUAGAACCGCGCCCGGAGCGCCCACAGGGAAACGUUAAGCGCACGUGUGAUAAUUCGAGAUUAUUAUCGAUCAUUACUCGAUGUCAGUUGCAUGUUCUCAGAAACAUUAAUAAUCGAGAAACCGGCUGGAGAGGACUUUAAUAAAGAGCCCGGCGACAUCUCGCAACCCGCGACAGAGAUAAAAUAAGUCGAGUUUUAUGUAAAGUAUCAAGGAAUCAAGUCCGAAUUGAAGAAACAUCGAGAAUAAGUAAAUAAAAGUGGUUAAGAUUAAUACAAGCAUCAUGCAGCAGUUCAGAAUAGAUGUACAAAUAGUUCAUGAAGAACAAAUAUUGGAAGCAAUUGAUCAAUUACGUAGACGCAAAGCGCGUCCUGAUGCCGAUCGGAUUUGCAAUUAUUUAUUACGAAAAUUUUCAGUUGAUGCACGUGACACAAUUGCUGACUUGCAUCGCUUAAUAGAAGCUGAAAAAGUUAUUCAAGUUGACUACAAAGGUAACACAAGUUACCGCAAUGCGUCUAAAUGGUCGAAAUUGCAGCUUUAUAAAAACAGACCAGAAGGUUUUGUCAAAGAAAAACUUAAUUCCGCAAUGGUUGCUGGCGCAGUUGCAGAAUUAGUUGUUGAAGAACCUGAUUACCUGGAUCAAGGAGUUCCAGCUUAUAGGCUUAUUGAACAACUACUCGAUGGAAUAUCUAAUCCAACUUCCAGGAAGAUGGUUGAAGACUUUUUAAACAAAGAAGUUGCUAAUAGCAACAUUACCAAGCUUGCUAAUGGUAACUACUCGCUUGUUGCUACUAGUGAUAUGGCUAACACAGCUUCAGGACAAGCACAGAGCCAUGAUCAAAAUCAUUUCAAUCAACAUGAUAAAUUUGAUGGAGAUUCCAAGAAUAGCAGAAGAUCUUCAAGGGAAAGUGGAGAUUCUGGUAAAGAUUCAGGAAUUGGUACAAGAAAUAGUGGUUCAGCAGACUCAUUUGAAUGUAAUAGUCUUCAGAAUGGUACAAGUUCAGAUACUUCUUCAAAACCCAGGCAAACUAGUCCAAGACCUGAAAAUUCCAAGAGAGAACAUGGAAAUGAAGCUGCUAUUGCUGGUAAAGAGCCCAAUUCUCCUGAAGCAUCAGUUACUAAAGAUGUUAAUAAUUCUCAACGAAAAGAGGCCAAUGCUAGUGAAGGAAACUUUUCUAAUCACAAGAGAUCUUCAAAGUCAGAAAGAAAACAGAGGCUUUUGGUUAGAGCUGAUGAUUCUAUGGAUGUUGAGAUUAACUUUGAAGAAUUUGAACAGCAGAGCAAUAAAAAGGAAAGAGGAAGGAAAAGGAAAGUAGAUCAUUCUGGUGACAACAGUGAAGAAAAAGAGGAUGAUGAUGGUGAGAGAGAAUCUGCCAAUCCUUCACCAACAACGAAUGCUACAGUUGGUGGAUUCAGGAGUGCUCGAAGAAAGAGAGCUAAAAAGGUCUUUGAUCCAUCAGAUAAUGUUUAUGUUGCUAAACGUAAACGAGGAAGACAGCCAGGGAGUGGUCAGAAGGCUUCUGUUCAAGCUCCAUCACAAGAUUCUCAGGAUUCAUCCAAUAAAUCUACUUCAAAAGAUACUCUAACUAGACAGUGUAGUCUGUGCUCCAAAGAGAAGUCAGAACCUUUAGUAGCUUGCCGAGAUUGUACAGUUAGAGCACAUCGUAGUUGUAUCUAUUCACCAGAAGAAUUAUCACAAAAAUCCAAAAGCAACUGGCAGUGUGAUCUUUGCAAGACGUGUACAGUAUGUUGUGAAACAUCAGAUGUCGGACCUUUGGUUACUUGCUCCACCUGCGAUGAAGCAUAUCAUCAUGGAUGUCACGUACCGCGACUGAACUCAAUUAAAUCAAAUUCUAAAUGGAAUUGCAGUGAAUGUGUUCAGAACCAGAAACAAUCUUCUAAAUCAAAUGCACGACCAGAAACGCCUUCGCAAACAACUACUUUACCUCCAGUAUUGAGCCCACAAGUGUCUCCAACAAGAGAUUCUGUUGAAGACGACACGUCACCACGAGAAGCUAUUGAUCCUAAUAUUCCUGAUGCUUCUGAUUGGACCUCUGAACAAGUAUACCAGUAUUUUGCACGUUUAUUUCCUAAGGAAGCUGAAGUUUUCCGGUUACAGGAUAUUGAUGGGCACUCUUUGUUAUUGAUGAAACGAGCGGAUGUUUUAAUUGGCCUAGAUCUCCUCUUGGGUCCAGCUCUUAAGAUAUAUCGACAUGUUUUGAAGCUUCAAAUGCGUCGAGAUGAAACACGUUUUUACUGGUUGUAAUAUAUAAUGAAGUUUUUAAGAAUUAUGUUGCUCAAUGUAUUUCAUUAUUGUAAUAAUCUAUAGAAUAAUUAUGUUUUCAGUUUACUUGGGUUUUACUUGUAUAUAAAUU